CAUUUGAGUCUAAAAAGGCGGAGUCCCAAGCCGCUGGAUUGCCAGACAGAAUUAGAAUCCACAGAUUCUCUCUCAACUCAGGUCCCGAUCACCGCCGUCCCUAUCUACCGGGACCUUAUUUCGGAUUUUUCAUUCGAUUGGGUCUCUCCAUUCGGAUCCCAUUCCAACAUUUUCUCUUAUACCUAGAUCUGCUCUUCCUUUCUUGAAUUUUACCAGUUUUUUAACUUAAAAAUGAUUGCAGUUCCAUAUUUAACUGCCUUAACCACCUACUUCAGCUAUGGCUUGUUGUUUGCUUUUGGCCAAAUCAGAGAUUUCUUCCGCAAAACUCUUGACUGGUGGAGCACCAAUAAUCUUCAGGGAUACGCGCCAAUCUGUUUAGGACUCGAAGAUUUUUAUAUUCGACGUUUGUAUCUUCGAAUUCAGGACUGUUUUGGCCGACCUAUUGCUAGUGCCCCUGAUGCAUGGUUUGAUGUAGUUGAACGUUACUCCAAAGAUUCUAAUAAGACAAUGAUACGAACCAAUAAUGUGAGUAGAUGCCUAAAUUUGGGAUCAUACAACUACCUGGGGUUUGCUGCAGCAGAUGAAUACUGCACACCCCGGGUAAUAGAGUCAUUGAAAAAAUAUUCUCCUGGUACCUGUAGUAGCCGAGUGGAUGGUGGCACAACGGCAUUGCAUAAUGAAUUGGAGGAGUGUGUUGCAAGGUUUGUUGGAAAACCAGCGGCUAUAGUGUUUGGAAUGGGCUAUGUGACAAACUCUGCUAUCCUUCCAGUCUUGAUUGGCAAGGGGGGCUUGAUUAUUAGUGAUUCUUUAAAUCAUAACUCCAUUGUCAAUGGUGCACGAGGAUCAGGAGCAACUGUUCGUGUUUUCCAACACAAUACACCCUCUCAUUUGGAGGAAGUUUUGAGGGAACAAAUUGCUGAGGGACAACCUAGGACCCAUAGACCAUGGAAAAAGAUCAUUGUCAUAGUGGAGGGGAUAUACAGCAUGGAGGGGGAGCUCUGCAAACUUCCGGAAAUUAUAUCAAUCUGCAAAAAGUUCAAGGCAUAUACAUACUUGGAUGAGGCCCACAGCAUUGGAGCAGUGGGGAAAACUGGAAGAGGGGUUUGUGAGCUCUUAGGAGUAGAUACUGCUGAUGUGGAUAUCAUGAUGGGAACUUUUACUAAAUCAUUUGGAUCAUGUGGUGGCUACAUUUCAGGAUCUAAGGAACUUAUCCAGUACUUGAAAUACACUUGCCCUGCUCAUCUCUAUGCAACUUCAAUUUCACCACCGGCAGCACAGCAAAUAGUGUCUUCCAUAAAGGUUAUUCUUGGGGAGGAUGGUUCCAACAGAGGUGCCCAGAAACUUGCACGAAUUCGUGAGAAUAGCAAUUUUUUUAGGUCAGAACUGCAGAAAAUGGGUUUUGAGGUUCUUGGGGACAAUGAUUCUCCAGUGAUGCCAAUUAUGCUUUACAACCCUGCCAAAAUCCCUGCCUUCUCACGGGAGUGCCUCAAGCAGAAUGUUGCUGUUGUGACUGUUGCUUUUCCAGCAACCCCACUGCUAUUGGCAAGAGCUCGUAUAUGCAUAUCUGCUUCUCAUACCAGGGAAGAUCUAAUUAAAGCUUUGGAAGUCAUCAGUCGGGUUGGUGAUCUUGUGGGUAUUAAAUACUUCCCUGCUGAACCGAAGAAGCAGCAACAAGAGGGUAGGAUCAAGUUAGAUUGAACAAAUGAUUUUUAGCCUCAACUUCGGCCGCUGAGUUGCAAGCAGUCACAUAAGGAUUGGUCAGGAAAGCGGGACUAAGAAACUCUAAUGAUCUGAUUGGUACUCUUAUAUUUUAAGUUAUUGUGUCAUGGCCCUAAUCGUUUAUCUGGCUAUUAAUGGAUCUUAAAAGAAAAAAAGUGCCUCUCUGCUCGUUCACACAAAUACAAGCUCUGAUUUCGUUUAUCCUUAUUGGGCCUUGUUACUUUUUCCUUGGUAAUUUAAUUUAUGUUACCUUUUCUCAGUGAUCGUACAGAUGUAAGUUGUUCCCCUGUCUCGUACAUUUGAAAGUUGCUCUGUUUUGGGAAUAUUUAUCAAUUUGUAACGGUGGAAAAUAUUUCGUUUGUUGGUAAUAAUUCAUUGGUUCCAAGGUCGA